GUGGUAGCUGUACAUGUGGUUGGAAAAUAACAAAAAAGAACACCUGUUCUAACCACCACCAAACGGCAACGGACCUCAAAACUAAAAUAAAGAACCAUUAUUAUUACUAGUAUUACGCUAACCUACAUCACGCCUCCAAAUAUUCGCUAGUAACACCGUUAGUCAGCCACUUACUUUUGGCAGCGACAGGUUCGAAUGCUUUUAUUUACACGCCGGCAACUUCAGUACACACACAUGAACCAUGUCUGAUGAAUUGAAUUCAGAUGAAGACCCAUACGCGAACGAGUCGUUCGAAAAUGACACGGAUGAGAUACCUGAAAUAUCUGAAACGGACAGUGAGAGUGAAAUAGAACCCGAAAUGGUGCCAUCUAAUAGCUCGCUCUAUGCUUACGCAAGAAGCCGAUUUAGUGGACGCAAGGGCUCGUUGCAAAAUAAGAAUUACGUGCCCUACGAUAGUUCCUCCGAAGACGAUCAAGAUGUUGUAAUCAGUGAGACUAUCGCCGAAAUUAACACUGAACCCAUGUGCAUGGACGACGCUAUCAAAACGCCAAAAAUUUCUUUUAAGGCAGCGCUGACUCGGCGCAGCUCCUCGGCGAGAAUGAUUGGAAACAAACGAAUGCUUGUUGAACCGCUUUCUAUUGUGGAAAUACCAAAUACUGCUCCUACCGUAAGCGAUGACGUGAGCAAUGGCGAAAUCUCCGACAAUGUCGAUGAAGAUGCGACAGCUGACGUGAUUACGGAAAAUGAAACCGAGGUACUUCACAAAUUGAAAGAGUUAAGUUGUAUUCAAGAUGAGUCAAGUCAGGAAGAGGAUGAUGUAUUGUUGGCGUGCAAUACUCCGCAGCCGCAUGAAGCACCCCCUGACCAUGGUUCACACAAAGAGAUAGAUGUGCACAUAAAUUCGUUUGACAUAUCAUCAGGAGAGAAAUUGGGAGAAAAUAUGAAUAAUUUUGCGGAUAUUGCUAGCGUUAGUGAUGGUCCGCCAAAGGAAAAUGAUAAUGAGCUUGUAGAAUAUGAGCCAAGUAUUGAUGUACAUAUUACUAGCGAAACACCUACUAGUUUUAAUUCAGAGGAGUAUGCCUUCCAUUUGAACUUCUUGAAGACGUGUGGAUCAAGUGAUAAACUGAGAAUGCGGUCCAAUCCCCGCAAAAGCUGGAGCUUCUCUAACGAUCGCAUGCGGGAAAUUGAGCGGCACAACCAUAUUUUGUUACGAAAAAUACUCUCACAGAAGCCGACAUACCAUUUGGCCACACCAAAACCUACUAAAUUCGCCACAUUACCUCCAACGACGCGUAUCACCAGCGCAGCGAUAAAUCGAAAGAAGAAGCAACGACAAAUUGACCUGGAUAAUCAAGGACUCAAGCGCCGCAUCGAAGCUAUAACUCUUCGACGUCCCACGCUGCAACAUUUAAAUUAAUAAUAAAUGUUAAUUUUUUAAUUUUUUCAACAUACAAAUUUCAUUUAUUAUUUGAGACUAAAUGUUGAACAGUGUAUACCAAUAAAUAUAUUU